AGCGCCAUCCCCCCAUAACCUGUUUUUCUCAAUUCUAUUACCUACUUGCAUUUAAUUUCCUUGAACCCCACAUCCGUUUCUACGUACCUUCUCACUUUGAAAACACACCCAACUAUAUAUAUAAAUGAACUGGUAUGCCGGAGUCCAGAGCAAGGCAUAGAGGGAGUUAGACUUGAGAGCAAGAAGCUCACCAAGAACUAACCCCAUUCCCUUCUCAUACCUUAAUUACAGAGAAAAUCAUGAGUACCCCAAAUGAGAUUAGUUCGGCUCCGAUAACGCCAAGGCCGGCAGACAAACCUCCGGUGUCAUGUCCACCGUCUCAGUAUCAUUCGGCAUCCAUGACUAGGUCACCGCUCCUUAGUGGUGAGCAAGGUGGUGAAGGUGCUCCCAAGAGCAAGACCCCAAAGACACCAAGAACACCACUGACAUCUCUGACUCCAAGGUUUAUGACUCCCUUGGGUAGCCCUGUAAGGAAGGCUCUGAGAGCCACAAGGUUUGAUCCUCAGGACGCUUGGUUACCCAUCACGGAGUCUAGAAAUGGUAACAAAUACUAUGCCGCUUUUCACACUCUUUGCUCUGGUAUUGGUAUUCAGGCUCUCGUACUUCCUGUGGCCCUCACAAUUCUUGGCUGGUCAUGGGGAGUAAUCACCUUCACACUCGGCUUCAUAUGGCAGCUAUAUACCUUAUGGAUACUCAUUCAACUCCAUGAAUCUGUCGAAACUGGAAUCAGAUACAACAGAUACCUCCAACUCUUCGGUUUCACCUUCGGUGAAAGAGCAGCAAAUUGGCUAGCUGUGUUCCCGAUCAUGUACCUAUCAGGAGGUACGUGUGUGGCUCUGAUCAUCAUUGGUGGAUCAACGGCCAAGACUUUCUUUCAGACUGUAUGUGGGCCCGAAUGCGCCAAGCAACUGACUGCCAUAGAAUGGUACUUGGUGUUUACAUGUGCCGCUGUGGUACUAUCUCAGCUGCCUAACUUGAAUUCCAUCGCCGGAAUAUCAUUGGUGGGUGCUAUCACCGCAGUUGGGUACUGUACCAUCAUUUGGGGUGUGUCUGUUGCUGAGGGAAGGCUUCCUGGGGUUUCCUAUAAUCCUAUCAAGGCUGGAACUCAGAUUGAACAGAUUUUCAGUGUGCUUAAUGCGCUUGGGAUUAUUGCUUUCGCUUUUAGAGGCCACAAUCUUAUCCUUGAGAUUCAGGCGACCAUGCCAUCAAGUGAGAAGCAUCCAUCACGUGUGCCAAUGUGGCAGGGAGUGAAGGUUUCAUACACCAUCAUAGCAGCUUGUUUAUUCCCCAUUGCUAUUGGAGGCUAUUGGGCUUAUGGCCACAUGAUACCAUCAGGAGGAAUGCUACAAGCUUUCUUCCGAUUUCAAGCGGGUAACGUGUCAAGUUUUGUGAUUGGUAUGACAUGCUUGUUCGUGGUUGUUAACGCCUUGAGUUCCUUCCAAAUUUAUGCCAUGCCGAUGUUCGACCACAUAGAGUCCAAGUACACCAGCAGGUUUAAGAAGCCAUUGCCAUGGUGGCUGAGAGCCGUAACCAGGGCUGUGUUUGGCUUCAGCUGCUUCUUCUUCGGCAUUGCCAUUCCUUUCUUGGGAAGCAUUGCUGGUUUGGUUGGAGGGAUCGCAUUGCCUGUCCCCAUGGCCUACCCUUGUUUCAUGUGGCUCAAGAUCAAGAAGCCCAAAACCUACAGCCCAAUGUGGUGGCUCAACUGGUUCCUCGGUCUUUUGGGCAUGGGCCUCAGUGCCAUCUUAAUCGCCGCCGGUAUCUAUGUUAUCAUUGACACCGGUAUUGAAGUCAGCUUCUUCAAGCCCCAUUAAUACCACAACAAAGAAAACAAAUUAUUUAGUACUUAAAA